GCCCCCGCGCCUCUCCCCCCUCCCUCCUCCUCCCGCCGGGCGUGCCCCGCGGCGCGGCGGCGCGGCGGGGAUGCUCUUCCCGCCGGGGGCGCAGGCGCAGGCGCCGCGCGUGCCCGCCUACCAGCCCCCGCUGCACGCCCCGCACCUGUGCGGGCCCUACCCGCGGCCGGAGCCAGGGUGGCCUGGGCGCGGGGGCGACGGUGGUCAGCACGCGCCGCUGCAGGUUUACUGCGACCUCGACGGCGUGCUUGCCGAUUUCAACAAGGGCUGCCUGGAGCUCUUCCCCGAAGGGGGUCCGAUCGCAGAGAAGAUGCCCACUCACACAGUCACGAAGCUCACGUACGAGGAGGAAACCGAGAUGUGGCGCAGAGUCGAGGCGAAGCCCGACUUCUUCGCCUCGCUGCCCUGGACCAGCGAUGGCCCAGAGCUGUGGCGUUGGCUCGACUGGAACAUCGUGCCCCCGCCUGCAAUUCUGACUGGACUGCCAGUCGGCCGUGCAGGGCAGAUGGCGUCCAAGCAGAAGGAGCAGUGGUGCCACCAGAAGCUGGGGGAGCACGUCGCGGUCUUCUGCUGCGGCACGCGGAACAAGCAGAAGUUCAGUGGGCCGAACUGUGUGCUGGUUGAUGACCGGGGAGACCUGCGAGAGGCAUGGGAGGCUCGCGGAGGCGUCUUCGUCCACCACACCUCGGCAGUGGAGAGCAUCCGCCAGCUGCGCGAGGUGCUGGAGGGCUACCUCCAGCAGGUGCCCGCGGGGGGCUGCGGCGUCGAGAGGCCUAUCCACCUGCUCAGCGUCUGCUGGGCCGCGCAAACGCCAGCGGGCUGCUUCCGGCCCAGUUGCCGUUACCACCACGUGCCGAUAUCUCGUCACCACCGUAGUUGGAUCCAGCUGUGGGCUUUCAUGUGGUGGAACAAGCGCAUGUUCCACGAGCUGGAGAGGCUGACGGAUUGCGUGCGGGCAGUGUACAUGCCAGCGCACGAGGUCUCUUUCAACCCGUGGACCGACAAGAGCAUGGACCAGCAAUCUAAAGGAGCGUUCCGACGCGUGUUCGAAACCUUGCGGGACAGCUGCGAGCUGGGGCUGCCCUUUGACUUCCUUCGCGCAGUGGGCCCGCAGAGCGGAGACACCUCGCUGCUGUCCCCUCUACCGCGGCUGCCUGCGCAGGUGACGGGAGUGCUCGAGAGGGUGAGGGACUGCGUGACGCGAUGCGAUGACCUCGGGGCAGAAUGCCACGUUGUGGUGGCUGGGAGCGUGGGCUUGGGCGUCGACGUUGAUGGGUCCGAUCUGGAUCUUGUGCUGUGCUGCCCGCUGGAGUGGGAUGCAUGCGCGACGCUGAGGUCGCUGCAGCAGGCGCUUCUGCGCGACGGGCUGUCCGAGGAGGUGACUUUCCUGGAGCAGGCCGACGUGCCGCUCAUCGCCUUUGGGCUCAACGGGCUGGCGGUGGAUGUUGUCGUGAACCAGAUGGGCUCCGUUCGCGACGCGCUCCUCUUCAGCUACGCGAUUCGGAGCUCGGGCUCGGAGCACAAGGCGUUCCUGCGGCUCGUCAAGGUGUGGCUCAAGAGGCGGUGCAUACCGGGCAUGAAGCAGGGGGGAUACCCGACGCUGACCUGGGUGCGAAUGGCCGUGCGCUUCUACCAGGAGCACGCGCCCGAGACGAGCCCUCCCCUCCGCGCCGAGGCCCCGCACCACUGGCUCCGGCGGCUCUUCGUCUGGGCCAGCCGGGGCCUGCCGAGGGGUGGGACCUCGACGACGGUCGCGGGCGAGCAGGCCGAGGCAGGUGGCAGCCGCGCGGAGUCGACCGUGCCGGUGGCCACCCUCCUGCUCUUCCUAAGCGAGAUGUUCGGGUUCCUGGAGGUCCCACCAGAUAGGGGAUGCCGCCGCCGCCGAGGACUUCCCCGCCGCAGACCCCCACCUGCACCUGUGCCCGGUGGGCCCGUGGGGCGGGCGCCGCGCGCUGUUCUACGCGAGGGAGGGGGCUGGCGCGUCGGGCGUGGCCCUGUGCUCGGUGCUCGCAGUCCUCGGGGGCCCCGCCGCGGAGGUCCGCGAGUGCCAGUGCCAGCGCUGCGCCGCGGGCGACCCGGGCUGCCAGCCGAUCAGGUACGUGUCGCGGCGCAGCCGGGAUUGGCUGGUGGUGGCCGCCCGGGAGGACGCCCAGCGCCUGCGCGCGAGCGCCGCGCUGAAGGGCGUGGGCGUGCUGAAGAGGAGGGGCGCCGGCAGCCAGAGCCAGGGGGCCCAGGAUCGAGGGAGGGGCGGGAGUGGAUGUUGCUGCACCCGAACCAGCUGGUGACGCAGGUCGACGCGACGGCCGACGCCGCGCGCGCGCUGGCCACGCUGCAGCGGCUGGCGGACGGGGCCAGCUGGCUGCCGGAAGCGGAGCCCGUGUCUCCGCGCAUCGGUCGCAGCGUGCUGCUCAUGGCUCGCCUGCCGGUCAGGGCAGGGGCGCCCGCGGGCGCGCCGCCUCCGCGCUGGCAGGCGAUGGGAGAGGCGGAGCUCCACGAGCGGGAGCCGCGCCGGCGAGCGCUGGAGGAGCUGCGGGCGCAGCGCCUGGCGCUGGAGCGGCUGAGGCGGGCCAGCAGCGUCCACGCCCUGCGCCUGGCCCUCCAGCAGGAGCUCCCCUUCGUCGCCGGCACGGAGGCGAUGCGGGAGGCGGAGGCGCGCCUGCGGGCCAUGGCCGAGGAGGCGCCGCCCCCCGGAGCGGCGGCGGAGCCGGCCGGGGGCGCCGACCUGGCCGCGCAGCGCAGCGGCGGCGAGGGCUCGGACGAGAGCGAGCCGGCCAAUCUUAUGGCUCCCCGAUGUGAGGUCGCCCGCGGCGCGGUGGAGGUGCUGCUCGAGAGGAAGGCCGCGGGGGACAUCCUGGGCUUCACCACCGAGGAGGCAGGGGACGGGCGACUGCGCAUCGCCUCCGUCAGCGGGCGCGGGCUGCUGGGGCGCUACAACCGCGGGGCGCCGCCGGGCGGCCGCGUCCCCGAGGGCUCCUUCAUCCUCAGCGUGAACGGGGAGAGGGACCCCGUGCGGCUCCUGGCGGUGCCUGGCGCGAGCGGGAGUUUCGACGAGUCGGGGCGCAGGGUGUUCGGCAGGGGGCAGAUCGCGGGCCGGGAGUUCGCGGACGACAUGCCGCGGUGCCGUUGCAGCGGCCAGUGCAGGUGCGGCCUGAUCGACGCUCUCGGGCGGGCCAAGGAUGACGCCUGGAGCGCCAGCUGGGUCCCGAAGCCCUCGCUGCGGGUGGGCAACCUGAGCGCAAGCGUCGACGAGGACACCCUGUACCGCUUCUUCACCCAGCUGGUCCCCGUGACGACCGUCAAGGUGGUGAGGGACACCACGACGUGGCGCUCCGAGAACCACGCCUUCCCGCCGAACUUCCACUCCUACCACGACGCGGAGGUCGCCCUGGCCAG